GAAAAAAAAAAAAAAAAAAAAAAAGAACUGUUAAAUACAUUCUUUAAAAUAUCAUCAACAGUACCAGCAGCUUACAUUCCAAUUUUCAUACAUCUAUACAAACGGAUUACUUUGCUCAAUAAGCAUUCUUCAAAGAAUCCUUUUUAUUUUUCUUGCAUUGUUGGCUAGCUUUAUACGCCUGCCUGUAUAUAUUAUUCUAUCACUGUACAUAUUACAUUCAUAAAAAAAUAUCCAGCAACAACAGACAACAGAUCUACACUCAGAUUCAAAUCCCUCUCUCUUUCUCUCGCUUUUUUUUUUGUAAUUCACUUUCUUUUCUUUCCUUUUUGCUGAUCCUUGGCAAUCAUGACUACCAAACAACUUGACCUUUCUUUUGAUGCCAUGUCUCUCAGAGAUAAUGCGCUCGCCUCCCCUAUUGACCGCCGUUAUUCGCAGUAUGGCUCGGAACGUGCUCCAUCCAGCCCCGUGACUCGCAAGCCUGUCACUGGUUCGCAGCGCAAUAGUGUGCGAGCAGAUGGCAAGGAUAUGCGCCGCCAAUCCAAUCGCCUGUCUUUGGCGAAUGUGAACUGGAAUCAUACUCAGGGCUCACCUAUCCAAUCUCCCUUGUUUCAAGAUUCUCGUCAGCAGCAGCAGCAGCAAUUUAACGCCUAUGGCGUACAGCAGCCCUCGUACGCUCAACAGCAGCAAUCACAGCAACAAUCGCAGCAGCAGCCUACAGAGGAGCCUGUUGAUACAAUCCCAACAGCUAUUGUUAUCAAAAACAUUCCUUUCUCAGUUAAACGAGAUGCUCUCCUUGCGAUUCUUGACAAUCUUGACAUUCCCAAGCCAUAUGCUUUCAAUUACCAUUUUGACAACGGUGUCUUCCGUGGACUAGCUUUUGCUAACUAUCGCACUGCAGAGGAGACUGAACUUGUCGUCAAUGCCGUCAAUGGUCUCGAUGUCUCCGGACGCAAGCUUCGUGUCGAGUUCAAGAAGGUCAUGCCUGCUGCUGAACAAGAGAAGCGUGAGCAGGAAAAGGCUGCUGAGGCACUUCACCGUCGUGAAAUGGAGCUAAUGGAGGCUCAACUUUUGGAGCAGGAAAGGCGCGAGCAGGAACGCCGUGAACUUGAACACCAGAACCGUGAGUUUGAGCGCGACCGUCGCAAUCGAUCCUCUGCUCUCCUGGAUCGCCAGAGCUCUGGACGGGGUCUCGAUCGCGAUGAGGUUGACACACGUUAUUCUUCGUCUGCGAAUCAACUGGAUUUGAAUGAUCCCGAGACUUUGGCAUUUUAUGAUCGCUUGUUGGUGUUCCGUGGAGAUUCCACAAAAGAUGAUAUGAUCUUCCCUGAGAAUCUGAGCGGCCGUCAGCGCAGGAUUUUGCAUCUUAUUGCGGAUAAGCUAUCCUUGCAUCAUUUUAGCGAGGGCGAAGGUAAUAUGCGCAGGCUCAUUAUUAUGAAGAAUCCUCCACCUUAUAUGCUCCUAGAAGCUCCAGCCCCAAGGUCACCCAAGCAACGUCCUAUGUCAUAUGCCGGACGAGGAAGCCUUCGUUCCGAAAGUCCAGUCCUCAAGACAAAGAGUUCUCUCACUGAGUCUACUGCAGGAUCUGCUUCCCCAACACGCUCACCCUACAGAAAAUCUAUGAUCCUUAAUCCUGAAGCGACAGCCAACGUAAUUUACCCCAUUCGUCAACCCAAAGGACCAGAGCCUGGUAAAGUCUUCACCAUCCGUGAGCGAAAGCAACUGCGAGAUGCCGUGAUGAUUACACCUGCGUUCGAUGCCCACCCACAGCUGAACCGCUCGCUUUCAGGUCGAACCAUGACCCUCGAUGUUAAUGCACCCAGUUUCAAGCCCACCAAUUUUUAGAUAGCAACUGUAGUUAGGAUGGAAGUUGGAUAAGUGGAUAAAAAAAAUAGUUUGUUG